AUGGGAAUUAUUCCCGAUGGAAUGGGAAACUUAUCAGUUCUUUACGCGUUAGAUUUGCGUUUUAACAACUUGACAGGUAAUAUUCCACAUUCUUUUGGAAAAAUGUCACAUUUGAAGAGUUUCACUAUUCGUAACAACAAUAUUCAAGGGCAGAUCCCACCAGAAUUGGGACAUCUAUUGAAUUUAAAGGAGAUUAUUUUUUCCUCUAAUAAGCUCGAGGGUGAAAUACCAGAAUCCAUCUUCAAUCUCUCCAAGUUACAACUACUUGCACUAGUAGAUAAUGACAUCUCGGGUACACUUCCAUCAUCAAUAGCAUAUUGUCUCCCUGAUCUUGAGUAUCUCUAUCUUGCAAUUAAUAGAAUAAGUGGAGAUAUCCCUCAUUACAUUUCAAAUUUUUCUAAACUUGCUAAACUGGAACUUGGUAACAACUCUUUCAGUGGAUCAGUACCCAUGAAUCUUGGGAAUUUGCAAAACCUCCGAUAUCUAAGCAUAGCAUAUAACAAGUUGACAAAUGAUCCUUCAGUGCAGGAAUUAGAUUUCCUUAUUUCGUUGAAUAAUUGCAAGAUGUUGAAGACCAUACAGAUAGGAUACAAUUAUUUUGACGGAAUGCUUCCUAAAGCAGUGGGUAAUAUGUCGACGUCUCUUGAGAAAUUCUAUGCUCCUUCUUGUGGCAUCAAGGGCCUGAUUCCUAGUGAAAUUGGCAAUCUCAGCAAUUUGAUCUGGUUGGAAAUGGGAGGCAAUGAGUUGACAGGUAAAAUUCCUGAUACGUUGAGUCAAUUGAAGAAGGUACAAAAGUUGAGUCUUAAUGACAAUAAACUAGGAGGGACAAUACCUGUCAACCUUUGCGGUUUGGUAAAUAUGUAUCACCUAGAUUUAGGGAAUAAUAAUCUCUCUACACAUCUACCAACUUGUUUAGGUGAUCUUACUUCUUUACAAGAAUUAAAUUUAUCUUACAACUCAUUGUCUUCCACUGUCCCAUCCAAACUGUGGACUAACCGGGAAAUUCAAAUAAUGGAUUUGUCAUAUAAUUUGUUCUUUGGCACUCUAGCUUUAGAAAUUGGCAGUGCGAAGGAGAUGAGAGAGUUACAUUUAUCAGGAAAUCAGUUCUCAGGCUGGAUUCCAAGCACUGUUGGGAAACUUCAGGGGUUGGAAAUUUUAACAUUGUCAAACAAUCAAUUAUAUGGUCUUAUACCUGAUUCAUUUGCAAAUUUGAUAGCAAUGCAAAGUUUGGACCUGUCCAAGAACAAUCUCUAUGGUGUAAUCCCCAAGUCAAUGGAGAAACUUAAGGACCUUGUUUAUUUCAACGUUUCCUUCAAUGAACUCAGUGGUGAAAUUCCAAAUGAAGGGCCUUUUAAGAACCUAACAGCUUAUUCUUUCAUGGGAAAUGAUGAAUUAUGUGGAGCAUCUCAAUUCAAGGUCAAGCCAUGCAAAGGUAACACAUCAAAAUCGUCAAGCAAGACCAAAUUUUUGAAAUACAUUUUACCACCAAGUGCCUUGGCAGCAGGUCUAGUAAUUAUAAUGGUGUGGUUGUUGAGUCGCCAUAAUAGAAAUGCAACUCUUCGAGAUCAGUCUAGUUUCCCUAUUACUAUUAAGAGAAUUUCAUAUUUUGAUAUUCUUCGCUCUACUAAUAACUUUGACGAAGAGAAUCUUAUUAGUAGAGGAAGUAUCAGUUCAGUAUACAAGGGAAUAUUUUCUGAUGGAAUGAUUGCUGCUAUUAAGGUUUUCAAUUUAGAUAUGGAAGGCACAAACAAGAGCUUUGAUACUGAGUGCAACUUAUUGUGCAACAUUCGUCACAGAAAUGUUGUCAAAGUAAUUAGCAGUUGCUGUAAUCUUGAUCUUAAAGCCUUGGUGUUGGAAUAUAUGCCUAAAGGAAACCUUAACAGUUGGUUAUACUCUUACGACUACUGCCUAAACAUGGCUGAAAGAUUGGAAAUAAUGACAAAUGUGGCAUCUGGAUUGGAAUAUCUUCAUCAUGGGUAUCCCUCCCCAAUUGUACAUUGUGAUUUGAAGCCCAGCAACAUACUUCUAGAUGAAGAUAUGGUAGCCCAUGUAGGUGACUUUGGCAUUUCCAAGCUCUUUGCACAAGACCAGAGAAUUUCACAGACCAAUACUUUGGGUACCAUUGGCUAUAUGGCACCAGAAUACGGAUCAAUGGGAAUAAUAUCAACUAUGGCAGAUGUUUAUAGCUAUGGGAUUGUGCUGAUGGAAACUUUUACCAAAAAGAAGCCCACAGAUGAUAUAUUUGUCGGAGAGUUAACCAUGAGAAGGUGGGUGCUUGAAUUACACCAGAAUGCAAUAAUGCAGAUAAUGGAUGUGGAUUUAGUGGAUGGAGUUGAAGAGAAUAUUAAAUCUAAAGAGAUCUGCUUCAAAUCGAUCAUGAGACUAGCAUUGCAAUGCACAACUAAUUUGCCCGAGGAGAGGCUCAACAUUGAAUAUGUUUUAAUAAGGCUAAAGAAGAUCAAAGUUGAAUUUCUUUCUAACAGUAUUGGAGAACAAUACAACAAAAGGUCUAUUACUAAUUAAUCACUAAGGAAAUCAGAACAUAUUUCACUCUUAACCUCUUUCAUUCUGAAUAUUGUAACUGCAGUUUGGCUUCAAAUUCUGUGUUGCAGUGUGUUGUACCGAACGUGGUUUUAAAUUUGUUCGAUAAUGUAGUAAUUGUUUAAUUUUCUUCA